AUGGGAGGAACAGCAAGGGCUCUUCUGGGUGGGUUUGGCACCACCACCUCCUCCCUGGAGGUUGGAGGUCGUAUAGGCUGGCCAAGCAACAAUCCUUUGGAUCUUAAUCAAACUCUGCCAUGGGGAAUAGGAGGCAGCAGUGGAUUCGUAGGUGCGGCCGCCAUGAGUUUAGUUUUGGACAACUCGACUACACAGGAGUCUGUCACCAGAACUGUGAUCAAGGAGAAAAACUGGCCGGCUCUCCUGAUACUAGUUAUCAUUGCACUGACCGUCGGUGGGAACAUUCUGGUGAUUCUGGCAGUGUCACUGGAAAAAAAGCUUCAAAACGCAACCAACUUCUUUCUGAGGUCCCUGGCGGUAGCUGACAUGCUGGUGGGCAUCCUAGUCAUGCCAAUAUCCCUCAUCAAUAUCCUGUAUGACUAUGCCUGGCCUCUACCCAGCGCCCUGUGCCCGAUCUGGAUCUACCUGGAUGUGUUGUUCUCCACGGCCUCCAUCAUGCACCUGUGUGCCAUCUCUCUGGAUCGAUACGUAGCUAUUCGCAACCCCAUCGAGCACAGCCGCUUUAACUCCAGAACCAAAGCAAUGAUGAAGAUCGCUGCUGUCUGGACCAUAUCCAUAGGCGUGUCGAUGCCGAUUCCAGUGAUUGGCCUCCACAACGAGGACAAGGUCUUCGUCAAUGGCAGCUGUGCGCUCAACGAGGAGCGCUUCAUGCUGAUUGGUUCCUUUGUGGCCUUCUUCAUUCCGCUGGUCAUCAUGGUGGUGACAUACUGCCUCACAAUACAGGUGCUCCAGAGGCAGGCCACAGUCUUCCUGUAUGAAGCGAAAACUUCUUCCCAGCAGCGUUUGAGCACACCAGCAAUCACAAUCACACUGGAGCCUCCAGACUUGCACCUUCCUCAGAUCAAUACAAUCCCACCCUCAGACUCACAAGAGUUAAAGCCCCCACCCCUCCAGAGCAGGCGAAACACCCUGAGCUGCCUGAAAGGCGCAGAGCAGAGCCUGCUCAGCACCUCCACCUCAGACAGCAUCAGCAUCAUUCCCAGCUCCGAGGCCGCAUCGCAGCUCAGCUCUCCAGCUGUGGGGCCAGGGCGGAGCGAUGCCUCAGGUUGCCACGGGAGACGGGGGAUGAUGCAGGCCAUAAAGAAUGAGAGGCGGGCCUCGAAGAUCACCCAGCCUUUCGGGAGUCUCUGGAUGGUGUCUAAGAAGGGGCGCCAUCUGGUGAUUCCAGUGUUCUACUGGGUGACUUCAAUUACCAUGUGGGCAAUGACAGUCAUCUGGAAGAGGAUGAUAGGGAGGAACGGCCUCCCUGAUCUAAACCUCCUGGACGCCUCCCUUUAG